AUGAUGACAGCCUCGAGUAGAGGGCGACGAGCCCUACAGGGUCUCUUUUCAGGUGGGCGGAAUCAUUGCAAAGCCAAUCGGUGGUUUUGUGAGUUUGCUCAAGCUUACCAUUCCCGCGCAACAGCACCUAGAGUUUGCUUCCGAUGCGCAACGAGCAACGCAGCGUCAAGUCGACUCUACUCUUCUGCUGCAGCCCCUGCUGAAGUGUUAGCGGACACCAAUACUCCUCCAUCUCCCCUCCCACGCCGCUCAUCCCCUCCCUACGAUGUACACUCCGGCCUCAUCCUGACGCGGCCACCGCUGUUGACUCGGCGGCUGCACCCGUUCGAGAACGCUUUUUUCUUCUACCAAAAGCGGCUGGAGGAGCGACUCAACACUCCUUUUAUCACAAGCAUCUACUUCAAGCCCGACACUGCUCGAAAGCUCGACUGGGACCUCAAGGUACAGGAGCGCCAAGGCACCGUCGCCAAGGAGCUCGGCGUGUACAAGGGCAAGGGCGCAAAGGCAUGGGACGAUGAGCUGAAGGUCGACGACACACUGAGCACUCAGGAGAGCCUUCUUAACAGCCUUCUGAGGGAUGCAGAGGCCCGGGUUAGCGACGACGCUGAGGUGAUUGCGGCCGAGGAUGUGGUAUCUGUCGAGCGGCCGAUGGAGCGGGAGACAGAAGCGGACAGGAAGGGGGAUGUGCGCAGGUUGGACAGAAGCUUAGACAGGACGCUGUAUCUUGUCGUCAAGGGAAAGGACGGCUGGGGCUUCCCUGCAGGUGCGGUUCCCAAGGACGAAAACCUUCAUCAAGCUGCGAAAAAUGUCCUGGACCAGGCCGCUGGUGUCAACAUGAAUACGUGGAUCGUUGGCCGCGCUCCCAUCGCUCAUAUGGUCGCGACUCCCGUCCUAAACGCCGAUGGCACUGUGCAGAAGAAGGGUGUCAAGACAUUUUUCCUCAAGGGCCGCAUCAUGGCCGGCCAGGCCGACCUCAAGGGCAAUCCGUUUGGUUAUACCGACUUCAAGUGGCUAACUCGGGAGGAGCUCAAGGAGGCACUGUCGCCGGAGUACUUUCACAGCGUCCGAAACAUGAUGGCCGACAGAUAG